AUGACUAAGAUACCAGAGGACAAAAUAUUUAAUUUUUUCCAAGAAAGUUAUAUAAAAGUUACGCCAGCUCAUGUUCUUAUGACAUAUUAUGUAUUGACUUUAAAUGAUGUUGCUAAAGAGAAGAAGUUGAAUUAUGUUCAGAAUUCUGAUCAACAAAAAACAGAAUCGAAAAAUUCCGCGAAUAAAAUUAAUGAACCUAAAUGCCUAAAUUAUAAGUUGACUGAAUUAAUUCCUGCAAGAAGGAUUUUAUUUGAGGCAGGAAAAUGCAAUAAUGGCUAUGCUUAUCGCAAUAUUUAUCCUGAACUCCUUGGCCUUAUGGCUAGUAACUAUCCGGAGAUAUUCGACAUUGAAAGUUUUCUCAUUGAGGAAGAUCGUGAAACUGGUAUUCCACUUAACAAUAUUGAAAAUGUUGUAAUGACAUUAAUAACCGAAUUAGACGAUUCAACAGAAAACGUCUUAGCUUUAAAAAAAUUAGAAGCAAUUGCACCUGAAUAUUUACUUAUACAGUCCGAUUCUCUCAUUCUGCAUCUAUUACCCAAAUUAUUAAAACAAUUACAAAAUUCUGAAAUGCUGAAUUCAAUACUUGAAAUCUGGCAUUUAUUAUACUCUAUCCACCCUCACAAAGCUGCGUUAUUAUUCAUAAACGCUGUACGAAGCGAAGAAGACAGAGAUGCAUGCUUCGUAGAGCGAGAUGUCAUGCUUGAUCCGCUUGUUAUGUUUCGUUGUGAUAGUCAAGUGUUUCGAUGCCCACAAAUAUUUCAGAUAUUUUUAAAGGUCUUGAAAUUUUACAUGGUUGGUUCACGUCUUAGACUACGACGCGCAUGGCAGGAUGAACUUACUAAUAAGGCAAUUUUAUUGUUUACUAUUGAAGCCUUUCCUUUGAAUAAGCUUAAUUAUAUGAUUAGUAGUCAGGAGACUCUUUUAUUGUCACUUUUAAUGAAAGAAUGUGAAACAAAACCAUCAGACUCUCAAAAUCCUGAUAUAUUGGACCCAAUUCGAAAUGCCGCCUUUCGUUUUCUCCAUCACAUGUUUAUUGAAAACAUGGAAUCAUUAAGAAGUUUACAUUUUUUGGGUUAUGCGACCGAUUUGAUUCCUUUAACGACUCGCAAAAUUGAGUCCAUGCAUUUAUGUGUAUUUUGGGCGCAUGAAUUAAUAUUGCACGAAGAUCCAAAAAAGCAAUUGUUCGGCUUGUGUUUAGCAGGUCAAUUAUGCGAAGUUUGGCCAAUGCCUUCAACGUUUAACCUUGCCAAACACUACAUUAUCCCAACAAUCAGGCGUAAAACUCUUGAAACACCCGAAAACGUUUUAUCUGAAGAGGGUAAAACCAUUUUGCCUAUCUUGGUUCUAUUAUAUAAUGUAUUUAAUAAUCUGAAAGAAGAAAUUUUGACAUUGUUGCGAGCGCUUGAGAACAAAUUCAGUUCAUCAAGAGGUUAUGCAACUACUUUCGGUGCAAAACGUAAAUCACAAAUAGUCGUUUCCUACUUAUUGACGUCUAUUGGCAAAAUUCCAAAGAGUACAAAGAUGGAUCGUGUUAGAGAAAUUUUACCGCAUGAUAAUAUUGAAAAUAUUUUAAAAAAUAAUAAUAAUAAUAAAAUUACAAACUUGCAAAAAAACAAUUCAUUACCUCAACUUUCUGAAAAUGACAUAGAGAGUAAUAUUUCAGAUACUGAUGAUGAUGACUAUAUUAAUAGUAGUGAUGAUAUAGACGAAUUUAUGGUAAAUUUAAAUCAGAUUUCUGAAAAAUUAAUAGAUGAUAUUUAUGUACUUGAUGUAAAUAGUGAGGAAACUAUUCCAACACUUAUAGAUAUAUUUGAUUCAAAAGCUGUUGAAAAAUC